AUGUCUAAAAUAAUAGAAACCAUACUCAAACUACGAAUUAAUCCAAACAUACUGGAAGAUCAAAACCCUCUUCAACGUGGUUUUACCAAAAAUACGGCUCCUCUUAUAGCAUCUCUAAUCAUGGAGGAAUUUAAAAGAGAAAGUAAAGACUUGAAUAAACCAACAAUAUACGGAAUGCUAGACGCUAAAUCUGCUUUUGAUGUAGUACGACAUACAAACCUAAUCAGAAAGCUAUAUCAUUUAGGCAUUUCAGAACAGUGCAUUUUAAUGAUUGAUAACCUAUACAAAGACGCUACGUCUAAAAUUAAAUGGAAAGGAAAUACAUCUGAUGCAUUCAACAUUGAGCAAGGUGUAAGGCAAGGAGGAACAUUAAGUGCCGAUUUAUACAAAGUUUAUGUAAACCAGCUAUUGAAUAAUUUUGUAGAGUCUAAACUUGGUGGAAAAAUAGGAUCAAUAAGUUGCUGUGCCCCCACCUGUGCAGACGACAUAGCAAUAGUUGGAAAUAACCCAUUCGACAUACAAGUUCUCAUAAAUAUGGAAUAUGACUACAGCGAACGAGAAGGCUAUCUUCUACAACCUGAAAAAAAGUGUUAUUUUACCGAUUAA